AUGGGGAGAAAAAAGAUCCAGAUAGCACGGAUUAUGGAUGAACGCAACAGACAGGUAAAUGAACACACACACAUACACUUCAGCUUGUGCUUAAUCGUGUGUGAGCUUUCUCAGAAUAAUUGUCACACAUACAUACACACACAAGCCCCAGCACUCCCACACCUGCAGACAACUAGGUGGGCAGGAAGUAGAGACGGAGUCAUUGUGAGGUGUGUGUAGUGGGGCAGUGGUUCCUCUCUUCCUGUUAUGACAGGAAAUGCACUAACAUGUGCUUCCUGACCCCUAGAGCUGGGAUGACCUCCCUGUUCUCUCUGUCCUCUGUGUGUGUUAUUGUGUGUGUUAUUGUGUAUGUGUGUGUGUGUGUAUGUGUGUGUGUGUGUGUGUGUGUGUGGUUAUCCGUACAGUGACCAGCCUCACAUUUCUUCCCCAGUGUCCUGAUUGUGACAUUGUAAUAGAGACAGUGGUUCUGUGCCAAAUCUAUGAAUCAUAAUGUGAUUGUGACUUACAGUCAGUCUCAAGUUAAGCAGUAAUGGCCAAGGGCUUCAGCCUCCAUAAUUAGAUUAUAUCGAAAUGUUAACAUGACUAGGUAAGGCCCCUCAGCCGAGCAGUGAAUUUCCAACACAGAUUCAACCACAAAGAUCAGGGAAGUUUACAAUGCCUCGCAAAGAAGGAAACCUAUUGAUAGAUAGAAUAUCCCUUUAAGCAUGGUGAAGUUAUUAAUUACACUUUGGCUGGUGUAUCAAUACACCCAGUCACUACAAAGAUACAGGCGUCCUUCCUAACUCAGGUGCCGGAGAGGAUGGACACCGCUCAGGGAUUUGACCAUGAGGCCAAUGGUGACUUUAAAACAAUUACAGAGUUUUUAAAAGCUGUGAUAGGAGAAAACUGAGGAUGGAUAAAAAAACAUUGUAGUUACUCCACAAUACUAACCUAAUUGACAGAGUGAAAAGAAGGAAGCCUGUACAGAAUACAAAUAUUCCAAAACAUGCAUCAUGUUUGAAACAAGGCACUAAAGUAAUACUGCAAAAAAUGUGGCAAAGCAAUUACCUUUUUGUCCUGAAUACAAAGUGUUAUGUUUGGGGCAAAUCCAAUACAACACAUUACUGAGUACCACUCUUCAUAUUUUCAAGCAUAGUGGUGGCUGCAUCAUGUUAUGGGUAUGCAUGUAAUCGUUAAGGACGGGAGUUUUUCAGGAUAAGAAAUAAACGGAAUGGAGCUAAGCGCAGGCAAAAUCCUAGAGGAAAACCUGGUUGAGUCUGUUUUCCACCAGACACUGGGAGAUGAAUUCACCUUUCAGCAGGACAAUAACUUAAAACACAAGGCCAAAUCUACACUGGAGUUGCUUACCAAGAAGACAAUGAAUGUUCCUUAGUGGGCAAGUUACAGUUUUGACUUAAAUCUGCUUGAAAAUAUAUGGCAAGACUUGAAAAUGGUUGUCUAGCAAUGAUCAACAAACAAUUUGACAGAGCUUGAAGAAUUUUGAAAAGAAAAAUGGGCAAAUAUUGUUCAAUCUAGGUGUGCAAAGCUCUUAAAGACGUACCCAGAAAGAUUCACGGCUGUAAUCACUGCCAAAGGUGAUACUAACAUGUUUUGACUCAGGGGUGUGAAUACUUUUGUAAAUGAGAUAUUUGUUUUUUUUCCAUCAAUUUGCUAACAUUUCUAAAAACAUGUUUUCACUUUGUCAUUAUGGGGUAUUGUGUGUACAUUGGUGAGAAAAAAUAAACAUUUAAUCAAUUUUAAUUCCGGCUGCAACACAACAAAAUGUGGAAUAAGUCAAGGGGUGUGAAUACUUUCUGAUGGCACUGUAUAUACUGUACAAUGUGUAUUCUCACUCAUGUAUCUCACUGCCUUCUCUCUCUCUCUCUCUCUCUCUCUUUCUCUCUCUCUCUCUCUCUCUCUCUCUCUCUCUCUCUCUCUCUCUCUCUCUCUCUCUCUUCCCCUCCCUCUCCAGGUGACAUUCACCAAGAGGAAGUUUGGCCUGAUGAAGAAGGCGUAUGAGCUGAGUGUGCUGUGCAACUGUGAGAUCGCCCUCAUCAUCUUCAACAGCACCAACAAGCUGUUCCAGUACGCCAGCACUGACAUGGACAAGGUCCUGCUCAAAUACACUGAGUACAACGACCCUCACGAGAGCAGGACUAACUCUGACAUCGUGGAAGUGAGUCCCACACACAGUGUAUUGCAGACUAGUUCACCAACAUGGCUUCACAGGUCAAAACUUCAGUUUGUUGAAUGAACAGUUAGUGGAAUACAUAUAGUGUGCUGCUGCUGUUGUGUGUUUUGUGACAUACAGUACUCAGGUCCAUGUGUGUGUUUGGCUCAGGACUCAGAGCUCAGGGAGGCUAAUGUGUGCAGGGCUGAGUCUCAGUCGGCCAGCCUGGAGUUAUGCAAUGGUGUUAGGAGAACAAGGCAGGUGUCCCCACACACACGUCCAACGUCCCCAUUCAACCCUCUUCAGGGCCACCCAUUGGACCAUGGUCAAUUUGACCGAGGUUAGGGGUCAGGGGUUAGGGAUCAGAGUUCAAAGAACAGGUGCGUUGGAUUUUGUCUCUGGAUCGCUGAUGGGAAUCUGUAGCGGCUUGAGGACAGUGGUUGUGGUCUUCCUGUGAAUGAAGUGUGUUCCAACACAGGCCAUGAGCCUCCCAUUGGGAGUAGUGGGAAAAACGGGCUGAGUUUGGUAGAGUGCAGAGGGGGAUGGGGAUGUUUGUGUGUGGGAAUGUGGAAAGUAAGAUAUGCAGCCCAGUUUUGGGAAUAUUCCAUUGGUUCCAUUGUAAACCAGGCAAACUAAAUCAAUCAAGCACAGCUAAAAUAUUCCACAGUAUUUCACAUUUAGUCUGUGGUCAUGUGGUUGAUACUGUAUGCCAGAGGUCUAUAAGGUGGUGGUUCUGGCCUGAUAGCUGAUGUUGUGAUGAAGGGUCAGGUCUCCCUAUCCACCUGUCCCCCACAAGGCUCACUUCAUGGUCAGUCAGCUAGCCCCACCAGGAGCAGCAUAUAAUCUAUGUUAAUCUUUAAUCUACCAUAAUCCCGUCACACUCAUUACUGUAAACUCAAUAUGCUCUUCCUCAUCCCUCUCAACAAACUUCCUCUCCUCUCCUCUGCCCAUCCCUCCUCCUCUAUUUCCUUCCCUCCCUCUUUUCCUGGCUGACCUGGUGACCCCAUAGUGUGUAGGCGUCUUCUGGAAGACAGAUAAAUGAUGGGUCUUUUCCUCCUCUGUCCCUUUCCUUCUCUCCUCUUCCUUCUCUCACUCUAUCUCUCUCCCCUCUCACAUUCAAGCCUUUCUAUCUCUCCCUCUCUCCAUCUCCUUCCCCCUCUCCCUAUAUUUAUUUCCUUCCAGAUUGUUUGUGCUCAGUCUUGGAAGUAUCUACCUCUCUCUCCCUCCCUCUCCUUUCCACAUACUCUCCCCAUCCCUCCAUCUCUCUAACUCCACUGUUUUUGCUUAGUUCAGUCUUGACAUUACCAGUCAUUGUAACUGACUGGUUUCCCCUCCAGCUCUGAACCUCUUUACCACAGAGAUUGUAAAGUUAUUGUGGCUAUGAGGUGUGUGUGUGUUGUUGGUUCCUUUAAAUGUUUUUACCUGCACAUGUGCUGUUUACCUAAUUCACUUGGUUUACACCACAGAAACAGUGCUCAACUAAAAUUACAAAACUAAUCCCAACUCAGUAAUUUUUCUGGAGGGUGUUCUGUCAUUCAUAAAUUGGUAAUCACUUUCUAAGUGCUGGUCCUCCUCUAUAACAACAUACAGUGGGGAGAACAAGUAUUUGAUACACUGCCGAUUUUGCAGGUUUUCCUACUUACAAAGCAUGUAGAGGUCUGUAAUUUUUAUCAUAGGUACACUUCAACUGUGAGAGACGGAAUCUAAAACAAAAAUCCAGAAAAUCACAUUGUAUGAUUUUUAAGUAAUUAAUUUUCAUUUUAUUGCAUGACAUAAGUAUUUGAUCACCUACCAACCAGUAAGAAUUCCGGCUCUCACAGACCUGUUAGUUUUUCUUUAAGAAGCCCUCCUGUUCUCCACUCAUUACCUGUAUUAACUGCACCUGUUUGAACUCGUUACCUGUAUAAAAGACACCUGUCCACACACUCAAUCAAACAGCCUCCAACCUCUCCACAAUGACCAAGACCAGAGAGCUGUGUAAGGACAUCAGGGAUACAAUUGUAGACCUGCACAAGGCUGGGAUGGGCUACAGGACAAUAGGCAAGCAGCUUGGUGAGAAGGCAACAACUGUUGGCGCAAUUAUUAGAAAAUGGAAGAAGUUCAAGAUGACGGUCAAUCACCCUCGGUCUGGGGCUCCAUGCAAGAUCUCACCUCGUGGGGCAUCAAUGAUCAUGAGGAAGGUGAGGGAUCAGCCCAGAACUACACGGCAGGACCUGGUCAAUGACCUGAAGAGAGCUGGGACCACAGUCUCAAAGAAAACCAUUAGUAACACACUACGCCGUCAUGGAUUACAAUCCUGCAGCGCACGCAAGGUCCCCCUGCUCAAGCCAGCGCAUGUCCAGGCCCGUCUGAAGUUUGCCAAUAACCAUCUGGAUGAUCCAGAGGAGGAAUUGGAGAAGGUCAUGUGGUCUGAUAAGACAAAAAUAGAGCUUUUUGUUCGAAACUCCACUCGCUGUUGUUUGGAGGAAGAAGAAGGAUGAGUACAACCCCAAGAACACCAUCCCAACCGUGAAGCAUGGAGGUGGAAACAUCAUUCUUUGGGGAUGCUUUUCUGCAAAGGGGACAGGACGACUGCACCGUAUUGAGGGAAGGAUGGAUGGGGCAUAUAUCGCAAGAUCUUGGCCAACAACCUCCUUCCCUCAGUAAGAGCAUUGAAGAUGGGUCGUGGCUGGGUCUUCCAGCAUGACAACGACCCGAAACACACAGCCAGGGCAACUAAGGAGUGGCUCCGUAAGAAGCAUCUCAAGGUCCUGGAGUGGCCUAGCCAGUCUCCAGACCUGAAUCCAAUAGAAAAUCUUUGGAGGGAGCUGAAAGUCCGUAUUGCCCAGCAACAGCCCCGAAACCUGAAGGAUCUGGAGAAGGUCUGUAUGGAGUGGGCCAAAAUCCCUGCUGCAGUGUGUGCAAACCUGGUCAAGACCUACAGGAAACGUAUGAUCUCUGUAAUUGCAAACAAAGGUUUCUGUACCAAAUAUUAAGUUCUGCUUUUCUGAUGUAUCAAAUACUUAUGUCAUGCAAUAAAAUGCAAAUUAAUUACUUAAAAAUCAUACAAUGUGAUUUUCUGGAUUUUUGUUUUAGAUUCCGUCUCUCACAGUUGAAGUGUACCUAUGAUAAAAAUUACAGACCUCUACAUGCUUUGUAAGUAGGAAAACCUGCAAAAUCGGCAGUGUAUCAAAUACUUGUUCUCCCCACUGUACCUGUAUAUUUUUCAGCAUCGCACACAGCCCCUGUCUCUGUAUUGAUACACAUGGUCAAAGAUGACCUAGCUGUGAAACUAUCUUCCUGACAGGAAUGGAGCAGAAGAGACACUCCUUUGUCUGGGUUGUUUUCUUUCCAUAACGAGGUGUGUGUGUGUUCGAGCACAGUGUGCUGUAUUUGAGUUUGUUGUAUAUGGUGCAGGAGGCCCAGGAUAAUGGCUGUUUAUAACUCUAAGAACGUCUGCAUUCUUCACCCCUCUUCUACUAACCCUAUUUCGCUCCAUUCUGUGGUGUGUGUGUGUCUGUGUCGUAGAUUGAAAACAGCUGAAGCUCUCAGUAAGGCUUAUCAAAUAGAACACACACACAGUCCAAGUGUAACUCCAGCUUUCUUUGUGUAACCGAUCUCUCCCUGUUCACCGCUUGGAAAAUGGCAGCAGGCUAACAAUAGACUGCUGUGGCUAAGAAUAGCCUCGGUGGGAUGUGAGUGUGUUUUAGUGGAAUGAUGGGGGAGGUAAAAAAAAUCCCCAUUAUAAUAAACGUAUUUGCAGGCUAACAAUAAAAUAUGAUUCCUAAUGUGAUGAGUAGCCUAAGCAUAGGACAUGACAUAACAGUAGUCACUGCAGCCUAAAGUAAAUUGAAAUAAAUGUGCCAAAAUUAUAUAUGCCUAAUUACUCCAGUCUAUACAGAAAUAAAUACAAUCAUUCUAAAUACUUCACCAGAGAGCAUGACUUAGCCACAGAGCAUCAUUAACUUAUUUGAAAGUUGUGGAUUGUUUCAAAUCACAAGCGUGUAGGCCUAUAUGCCUAUUUGGGAAGCCCGCAAUUUGGGCAGCGCACAUGGUCAGAGGCCUAGCUGAGUAUUGAGAUGCGGAUGUCAGCGAAAAGCAAUUAAUCUAAAACAUGUGUGAAGAUAAUGUGUCUUGAGUAUAGUUUUAAAUGUUCAGACAAGAAGAAUGGGAGGGGUGUGUGGCGAAGAUAUUUGCAUGGACAGUGCAUUUGGAAAGGAUUAAGACCCUUGACUUUUUCCACAUUUUGUUAUUACGUUACAGCCUCAUCAAUCUACACAUAAUACCCCGAAAAUGACAAAACAAAAACAGGUUUUUAGAAAUGUAGGCAAAUGUAUAAAAAAAUAAAUGAAUACAAUUUCAUAUUUACAUACGUUUUCAGACCCUUUACUCAGUACUUUGUUGAAGCACCUUUGGCAGCGAUUACAGCCUCAAGUCUUCUUGGGUAUGACUCUACAAGUUUGGCACACCUGUAUUUGGGGAAUUUCUUCCAUUCUUCUCUGCAGCUCCUCUCAAGCUCUGUCAGGUUGGAUGGGGAGCGUCGUUCCACAGCUAUUUUCAGGUCUCUCCAGAGAGGGUUCAAGUCCGGACUCUGGCUGGGCCACUCAAGGACAUUCAGAGAUUUGUCCCAAAGCCACUACUGCGUUGUCUUAGCUGUGUGCUUAGGGUCGCAUCCGCCAAACCCAGAUUUAUCCGUAGGCCUGCCAGAUGGUGAAGCGUGAUUCAUCACUCCAGAGAACGCAUUUCCACUGCUCCAGAGUCCAAUGGCGGCGAGCUUUACACCACUCCAGCCGACGCUUGGCAUUUCGCAUGGUGAUGUUAGGCUUGUGUGUGGUUGCUCGGCCAUGGAAACCCAUUUCAUGAAGCUCCCGACGAACAGUUCUUGUGCUGACAUUGCUUAUGGAGGCAGUUUGGAACUCGGUAAUGGGUGUUGCAACCGAGGACAGACGAUUUGUAUGCGCUACGUGCUUCAGCACUUGGCGGUCCCGUUCUGUGAGCUUGUGUGGCCUACCACUUUGCGGCUGAGCCGUUGUUGUCCUAGCCAUUUCCACUUCACAAUAACAGCACUUUUAGUUGACCGGGGCAGCUCUAGCAGGGCAGAAAUUUGACGAACUGACUUGUUAGAAAGGUGGCAUCCUAUGACGGUGCCAUGUUGAAAGUCACUGAGCUCUUCAGUACGAGACAUCCUACUGCCAAUGUUUGUCUAUGGAGAUUGCAUGGCGGUGUGCUCAAUUUUAUACACCUGUCAGCAACGGUUGUGGCUGAAAUGGCUGAAUCCACUAAUUUGAAGGGAUGUCCACAUACUUUUGGCUAUGUAGUGUAUGACCACACGACUACAUACUUUGUGUGUGAGUGGUAGAAAUGUCCGCCUGUUAGGGCAGGAGAGGUGAGAUGUGAGAGGUGCACGUCAUGUUCCUUGGCACACGGAGAGGAGCUGCUGCCUCGCACUCUGUGCCCUUGUAAAGGCAACACACUCUAAUUGAUAUGGAAAUGGCUAGGAGACCAGACCACCCAGGAAGAACAACAAGGAGUAGAGGAGAAAAAUGAGAGAGAGAUUGUAGACAGUUGAGGGUGGCUUGGAAUGGAGAUAUGGGGGUUCAGUUCUCUCUCUCUCUCUCUCUCUCGCUCUCUCUCUCUCUCUCUCUCUCUCUCUCUCGCUCUCUCUCUCGCUCUGUCUCUCUCGCUCUCUCGUUCUUAUUUUGUCUUUCUCUUUCUCUCCUGCCUUUCUUUGUCUCUAUCUAAUUAUUUCUCUCCUUCUCUCUAUCUUUUUCUCUCUCUCUAUCUCUUUCCCUCCCUCUCCUCUCUCUCCUUCACUCCCCUCCUCUCUCUUUUUCUCUCUCCUUCUCUCUCCCUCUUUCUCUUAGUUGUCUUCUUCUCUGAGCACCUUCAGUCAGCUGCCCACUCAACCACCUGCUACCUUCACCUCUCACCACACACACACACACACACACACACACACACACACACACACACACACACACACACACACACACACACACACACACACACACACACACACACACACACAUGCGUGCGCAAAUACACAACUCUCUCACCACACACACAUGCUGCUCUCAAGGUUACACAUUGCAUGAUGUGUAGGGCUGUGUAGGGCAGGGCUCUGUAUAGGGCUGUGUAGGUCUGUGUAGGCCAGGGCUCUGUGUAGGCCAGGGCUAUGUGUAGGCCAGGGCUCUGUGUAGGGCUGUGUAGGCCAGGGCUCUGUGUAGGUCUAUGUAGGCCAGGGCUCUGUGUAGGUCUGUGUAGGCCAGGGCUCUGUGUAGGUCUGUGUAGGCCAGGGCUCUGUGUAGAGCCACGGUAUGGAGAGUCAUGUAUUCUGAAAUAAAGUGUAAGAGUUCUUCAUGUUCUUCAUUUUCAUGUCUACUGUCAUUUUGUUGUUGUGUUGCUGAUAUGUUUUUUGUCAGUCAUGGACAUGGAUGGUGUGAUUAUGGGGUAGAGAGAGAGGUGUGGGGGGAGGGAGUGGGCAUGAAAGAGAUAAAGAAGGGGUAGUGGGGGUGAGAGAGAUGGUGGGUGGGGGUGGGGACUGGAAACGAGGGGUGCUCUGGGUGCCACAGAGGCAAAAAAUAGCCUUGUACGGACAUCCCUCAGACACAGGGCUGCUAAACCUGGGUUCUGCCACUCCCCCAUCCCUGUGUUGUCCAGUGACAGGUGGGCAUAACUGGGAUGAGUGGCAUAGCAGUGCUGAGCCAGCGUGUGUGUGUGUGUGUGUGUGUGUGUGUGUGUGUGUGUGUGUGUGUGUGUGUGUGUGUGUGUGUGUGUGUGUGUGUGUGUGUGUGUGUGUGUGUGUGUGUGUGUGUGUGUGUGUGUGUGUGUGUGUGUGUGUGUGUGUGUGAUAGCUGUAGUGGUCUAGUGAUAGGCCGGUGCUAGGCUGUAAAGUGCUGAGACAGGACAGUGUUGAGCCAAACUGCAUACAGUACAUAUACAUCGUCUGAUGAUGCGCAUGCACACAAAUACACACACACACACACACUAGGGGAAAGCAUCACAGCUCCAUGGACAAUAUCAGCAGUGAUAAGAGAGGCCUACUCUCUCCACUCUACACUCCCUCUCUCUCUCCCCCAUCUUUUCUACUCUCAUCUCUCUAAAUCUAUGUCUACCACCCCCUCUCUUUCACCCCCUCUAUUUACAAUACUUUCUUUCUCUGUCACUAUGUCUACCCUCCCUCUCUCCUCCUCUCAUACUGGUGUUCAAUUAGAGGAUCUAUCUGCCAGGUGGUCUUUUGAGGAUGCUAUUUCUGCUCCAAUAGCCCCUCUUGGUGGUAGAAAAGGAGACUACAACUCUUCAGGGGUCUGCCAUGCACAUGUGGCCUUUAGAAUAACUGUUGUGCUUUAUUCACUGACUAUGCUUUUGUAAAAGUAGCAGUAACAGACUGUCAAGCCAUUUGGAGAGUAUCAUCAACUUUGUGUGUUCUCUCUCUCGCUCUCUGUGUCUGUCUCUCUCAGACUCUGCGUAAGAAGGGUCUUAAUGGUUGUGACAGUCCCGACAUCGAGGCAGACGACUCUGCUGGUCAGAGCCCCGAGUCAGAGGACAAAUACCGCAAGAUCAAUGAAGACAUUGACCUCAUGAUCAGCACACAGAGACUCUGUGUAAGUACUAACUGGACCUGUGUGUGUCCACUCCUGCCUGUUCCACUUCUCCAUUUGCCUUGCUAACCCUGGUGUCUGUCUCUGUCCAGCAGGCUCUCCCCCCGCUUAACUACGACAUGGUUGGCUCCAUCCAGAGCCAAAACAACAGUGGACUACUCUACUCUCACCCCGGGGCGGGGGGAUCCUUGUGUAACCACAAUCUUCUGCCCUUUUCCCACACACACCCUGGCCUGCAGAGAAACAGCAUGUCGCCUGGACCCCAACACACACACCGACCCCCCAGUGCUGGAAACGCAGGAGGGAUGAUGGGUUCAGAGCUGUCUAACACUGUCUCCAACGCUGGUGAGUUAACUAUGCUAGUUACUGUACAUGCAGUCUUUUCUAAUGUCUGAUGCAUUGAUCAUGUAAAUGUUAUUAGGCCUAUUAUUAUUCUAGUUUCAAUGUGACCUCCCAGGUUAAACAAGAAAAACAUACAGUAUUCUCCUGUCCAUCCGUCUCCUAGGUAACAGUAACUAUGGUAACCACCGUAACUCCCCGGGGCUGCUGUCUCCGGGAAGCAUGGCCAAAGGCAUUCAGGCCAAAACUCCGCCCCCGAUUAACUCCAUGACCCUGAGUUGUAACCGCAAGCCGGACCUCUGCACGCUGCUGCCCCCUGGCAACAAGAACAACAUGCCCUCCAUCGUGAGUGAUCUCCUCUUUCUCCAUCUCUGUCUAUCUCCUCCCUCCAUCUCCCCUGAGACAGUUAGAACAUUCCUGACUCCUACACAGUUCCUCUGACUCUAACUCCCUCCGUACUCUAAUAUGAGUUGUAUUGUUUUUCAUGCUGCCAGUGUGAGGAUUUUGACAUGAUGCUGGUAAGUAGUGUGACAUCACACAGAUGGACAAUGUGGAGUAGCUACACUGAAUAUCUGUUUAUGUCUAGAAUGAGAUAUAGACCCAAAUCCUUCUAGCUACAAGUGUACUAAUGUUUGUUUAUUAUUUUGUUGUUUCAGAACCAGAGAAUAAACCACUCCCAGUCUGCCCAGACAUUGGCUACUCCCGUGGUCUCCAUAGCAACAUCUACUCUGCCCGGGCAGGGCAUGGGAGGGUACCCCUCUGCCCUCUCCACCUCAUAUGGCACAGGUAGGCACUCCAUCUUCUACCACUCCCUCUUCUACCACUCCGUCUUCUACCACUCCGUCUUCUACCACUCCCUCUUCUACCACUCCCUCUUCUACCACUCCCUCUUCUACCACUCCGUCUUCUACCACUCCGUCUUCUACCACUUUUUCUACCCCCUCACCUCUUCUAAACCCGUUCUAACCCGUCUUCUACCACUCCGUCUUCUACCACUCCGUUUCUACCACUCCGUCUUCUACCACUCCGUCUUCUACCACUCCGUCUUCUACCACUCCGUCUUCUACCACUCCGUCUUCUACCACUCCGUCUUCUACCACUCCGUCUUCUACCACUCCGUCUUCUACCACUCCGUCUUCUACCACUCCGUUUCUCCACUCGUCUCUACACUCGUUUUACCACUCCGUCUUCUACCAUCCUCUUACCAUCCGUCUUCUACCACUCCGUCUUCUACCACUCCCGUCUUCUACCACUCCGUCUUCUACCACUCCGUCUUCUACCACUCCGUCUUCUACCACCGUCUUCUACCACUCCUCUUCUACCACUCCGUCUUCUACCACUCCGUCUUCUACCACUCCGUCUUCUACCACUCCGUCUUCUACCACUCCUCUUCUACCACUCCCGUCUUCUACACCCUCUUUACCCACUCCGUCUUCUACCACUCCGUUUCUACCACCUACCUCUCUACCACUCCUCUUCUACCACUUCCAUCCGUCUUCUACCACUCCCGUCUUCUACCACGCUUUCCACUCGUCUUCUACCACUCCGUCUUCUACCACUCCGUCUUCUACCACUCCCUUUCUAACCACUCCGUCUUCUACCACUCCUUUCUACCACUCCGUCUUCUACCACUCCGUCUUCUACCACUCCGUUCACCAUCCGUCUUCUAUCACGUCUUCUACCACUCCCUCUUCUACCACUCCGUCUUCUACCACUCCGUCUUCUACCACUCCGUCUUCUACCACUCCGUCUUCUACCACUUGUCUUCUACCACUCCCUCUUCUACCACUCCCUCUUCUGUAAAUAUGUAUUAUUAUUUUAUUAUUGUUUCAUUCACUUCUCACUUCCCCCCUUGCUGCUCCAUCUAUGGACUUUCCCUCGGGGACAUUCGAUUUCACUGUACCCUGCAAUUGCAUCUGCAACCCCGUGCAUGUGACUAAUAAACUAAUCUAAUCUAAUCUCUUCUGGACAGUGACCACAGCUCCUCAGAGCAUCUCUGACCAAAAGUAGCGCUCUUAUAGGGAAUAGGAAGAAGUCAUUUCAGAUUUGCCCAAGGUGUGUAACCUUUGUCCCUCCCCCUCCCUCCCUCCCUCCCUCUCUCUAUCCCUCCCUCUCUCUAUCCCUCCCUCUCCCCCUCUCUCUAUCCCUCCCUCUCUCUCUAUCCCUCCCUCUCCUCCCUCCCUCUCCCCCCCCUCUCUCUAUCCCUCCCUCUCUCUAUCCCUCCCUCUCUCUAUCCCCCCUCUCCCCCUCACUCUAUCCCUCUCUCCUAUCCCUCCCUCUCUCUAUCCCUCCCUCUCUCUUCCCCCCUCUCAUCCUCCCCUCUUCUCUCCCUCCCUCCUCUAUCCCUCACACUCCCCUCCCUCCCUCUCUAUCCCUCCCUCUCUCUCCCUCCUCUCCCUCUCCUCCCCUCCUUAUCCCUCCCUCUCUCUAUCCCCUCAUCCCUCUCUCUAUCCCUCCCUCCCUCUCCUCCCCCUCUCUCUAUCCUCCUCUCUAUCCCUCCCUCUCUACUCAUCCCUCUCCCUCUCUCUAUCCCUCCCCUCUCUCUCCCCCUCCUCUCCCAUCCCUCCCUCCUCUCCCCCUCUCUCUAUCCCUCCCUCUCUCUAUCCUCCCUCUCUCUAUCCCCUCUUCUUUCCCUCCUCUCCUGUUCCCCCUCAAAGGACCCUCCCCUCGCCUUCCCCUCCCCCCUCUCUCCAUCCUCCCUCUCUCAUCCCUCCCCUCCAUCUCCCCCCUCCUAUCCCUCCCCUCUCCCCCCCCUCUCUCAUCCCUCCAGACUCUCCCCCCUCUCUCUAUCCCCGCUCCCCCCCCUCGUACCUCUCCCUACCCCCUCCCUCUCACCCCCUCUCUCUAUCUCCCCCCCCUCUCUCACCCCCUCCCCCCUCUCUAUCCCUCCCUCUCUCUAUCACUCCCUCUCUGCAGAGUACUCUCUGGGUGACCUGUCAGGGUUUGGUAACAGCUCAGGAUCUCUCCACCUGGGAUCAGUAACAGGCUGGCAGCAACAAUCGCUACAGAAUAUUCAGCACUCAGCACUAGGACACAUGGGGUAAGGGUGUCUGUCUGUCUGUGUUUGUGUGUGUGUGUAUUUCCUCUUCCUCUUUCUAAUCACUAUCUCUCCUCUCCUCUGUCAGAAACCUUUGUCAGAACUCCAACCUUAACCUCCAGAAUGUCCAUCAGAACCUCUACAUCAAGUCAGAGCCCGCCUCCCCGCCCAGAGAUCGAGGCAUCGGAUUUGAUAGCGGAGGGAUGGGGGGCGUGUCCCAUGGCUACCCAACAUAUCAGUGCCCGGCAGAGGCAGGGCAGUCUCCUGGCGACAGCCUAUCCAGCUGUGGCAGCUCAUACGACGGCAGUGAACGCGAGGAUCACCGCGGAAACGACAACUUCCUGUUAUGCCCGAUGUCCAAUCAGGAGGAGCGCCACAGCCCGUCCCUCAAACGAAUGCGCCUAUCAGAAUGCUGGGCUAGAUGAUAAGGCCACCUCUGAUUCACAGAGGGGGAGGGGCUUGUGUAGACUUACCUUUAUUGCUAUUAUGACUAUUAUUAAGCCUGUGUCCAAAAUGGCACCAUAUUCCCUAUGCCAAAAGUAGUGCACUUUAUAGGGAAUAGGGUGCGAUUUCAGAUUUGCCCUAUAUUCUUCUUGUGCAGAGUGAGAGUGUUCCACUAUAACAGGGACAUUAUAUACAGGAGUGUGGAGGGAAUAUAACAGUGACAUAGACUGGGUCUGAAAUGGCAUGCUAUUGCCCACGUAGGGAGUGAUUUGAGACAACCAGUGAUAUAUACAGGAGUGAGGGUGGAUAUGGUGUGGGG